AUGAGCGUCCACACCGGGGAGAAACCUUUUACCUGCUUGUUCUGCGGCCAAGGGUUCGCUCAGAAGUCCUGUUUGUCAAAACAUGCCAGAAUACACACCGGAGAGAAACCGUAUUUCUGUUCAGUCUGCAACAAAAGUUUCAACGAGAGUCCAGAACUGGACCGACACAUGGGACGACACGCGCGGAAAACCCCUUUGUCGUGUUCGCUCUGCGGCCUGAGUUUUAUCCGAAACGCAGAUUUGAGGAUCCACACGAAGAGGCAUCAGGGAGAGAAACCUUUCCCCUGUUCAGUCUGCGGCGUCGCUUUUGUACGCAAUGCAGAGUUGAGGAGACACGAGAGGACGCACACUGGAGAGAAGGUGUUCAGCUGCCAGCUGUGCCAGGAAAGGUUCUCCUACAAAUACCAGCUGAAGAAACACUCGUGUGGUGAUGAAGACUUGAAGUCAACUCUCACGCUUUAA